AUGGCCGCGUUGGCCACCAACAUUCACGCCGCGAAGAGCCUGUGCGACAUCGUCAAGACAAACCUGGGUCCCAAGGGCACCUGCAAGAUGCUGGUCAACGGCGCUGGAAACAUCAAGAUCACGAAGGACGGAAGCGUGCUGCUCAGUGAGAUGAUGAUCCAGCACCCUACGGCGAUGAUUCUUUGCCGAGCGGCCUCCGCCAUGGACGAAAUCACCGGCGACGGCACCACCUCCAAUGUCAUGAUUUCCUCCAACCUGAUGAAGAACAGCGAAGACCACAUCCUGUACGAGGGUGUCCACCCGAAAUUCAUUGCUGACGGCUUCAAUGUGGCGCUCGAGAAGGCGCUGAAGAGCCUCGAAGAGCUCAAGGUCUCCGUAGGCACACGUGAAAAGCUCGACUGGGAGAUACUUGCCAACGUUGCCAAGACGUGCACGUGCACCAAGCUACCGAGGGCGCUCGCACUGCACAUAGCGCACGAGGUGCUGGAGUCCAUUAAGCUCAUAUAUCGCUCCGAUGAGCCCCUGGAUCUCUUCAUGGUCGAGGUCCUGCACAUGCGUCACCGCCUCGCCUCGGAGACCCAGCUGGUGCGCGGUAUGGUCCUUGACCACGGCUCACGCCACCCGGACAUGCCAAAACGCAUCGAAAACGCGUUCAUUCUAACCCUAAACUGCUCACUGGAGUACGAACGGAGUGAGGUGCACUCCGGAUUCUCCUACUCCAGUGCCAAGCAACGCGAACGUUUGGUCAAUUCGGAACGCAAGUUCACCGACGACAAGGUUCAGAAGAUCAUUGACCUCAAGCACAAGGUGUGCACUCCAGGAAGCAACCGCACCUUCUGCGUGCUUAACCAAAAGGGCAUCGAUCCGCCGGCGUUGGACAUGCUCGCCCGUGAGGGAAUAGUGGCGCUGCGCCGCGUCAAGCGCCGCAAUAUGGAGCGUUUGACGCUUUGCUGCGGCGGAAAUGCGUGUAAUAGCGUAGAGGAGCUCACGGAAGCUGACCUAGGUUUUGCCGAAAAGGUGUACGAGCAGAUGGUCGGAGAGGAAAAGUAUACUUUUGUCGAGGGCGUGACGAACCCGCGCAGCUGCACGCUGCUCAUCAAGGGGUCCAGCGACUACAGCAUAGCCCAGAUCAAAGACGCCAUCAGGGACUGCCUUCGCGCCGUCAACAACGCGAUCGAGGACGGCUACGUGCUCCCGGGCGCAGGCGCCACUGAACUGCACAUAUACAACCACCUGAUGCGCAACUUGAGCGAGGUCAAGGGCAAGGCCAGGUACGGCGUUCAGGUAUUUGCCGAGAGUGUGCUUGCCAUCCCCAAGACCCUGGCAGACAACGCCGGUCUCGACGGGCGGGAAGUCGUGCUCGAACUACUUGACAUCGAUAACGAGUACGGCAGGUACGUCGGACUAGACCUCGACACCGGGAAGUUUCUCAUCCCCGCAGCCGAAGGUAUAUGGGACAAUUACAAUGUCAAGAAGCAGACCCUUACUAUAGCCACCACAGUGGCGCAGCAAACGCUGCUCGUCGACGAAAUCAUAAAGGCAGGGCGCUCAAUGAGCGCCAAACCUUAA